CUACCACUGCCUUUUUCUUAAACAUAUUGCAGCAAAGCAUAAUCCAAGUGUUUUGGCCAUACACAUAAACAUUUGCAAGUGGACAAGAAAAAAAAGUCGGCUGUUGGAAUACUCUCUUGGGUCAGACAUGCAUAAUGCCAUAUGGUUUGUGCUUUUCCUUUUGCAGUACCCUAGCAGAUGUCAGCCUCAAACAUCUAAUUCAAAUGUGCCUAACUUAAUAGGAAGCAGUGAGUUUUUGGACAGAUCUGACAGUGUAUUCAAAACUCACAAAUACUCCUGGGCCAAAGGAAAUCAGUCAUGCGCUCAACUCCUGGAGGAAAGUCAAUCCUACCUUAAAACUCUUCCACCUCUUUCAGACUUGUUUGUUAGACCAGCAAUAGGGUUGGGUUUGAUCCAAGUUGGAUGUUUGUCAAAGACUGAUAAUUUUUAUAUGGACAUUAUUGAGAAUGAACAUGUUCGGGACAUGUUUAGAUUGUUAUCUGAACAGUGGAAGAUGUUGAGCCACCCAACUUCUCAAUAUAUUUCUAAUAAAAAAAAACACAAACUGGACAUUGAAGCUUUGAGAUUUAAUUUAGACUCCCUUUCUCCUUUUCCUUUAUUUAGAAAUGUGAGCCAUUGUUCUGGCUUUCGACAAGAGAGGAAAGGUGUGCUGUUAAAAGGUUUUGAUUUAGGGAGCCACUCUUCCCUGCAGAAGGCUAGAAUUUACUGUGAAUUGCUCGGACCAUCUUGUGCUGGAGUUUCGUUGGACAAUUCAGGGCAAUUUUAUGCUGUAGCCAUGAGUGGUAGCUAUAUUAUCCCUCAAAUAGGAUCUAGUGUGUGGUUACAUCAUUGCCCUGCUGCUCACGUAAGACGACGCUCCACAACAUCUGAGUGCCAGAAUGAACAGGAAGAACGUAUAUAUAAUGUAAUGCAAUGGGUGCCUGUGGUCAGUGGUUGGUACAAUGCUGGUUCUGCUAUCUAUUAUGCUUCAAAUGGCUGUGGUGUACAGGCUGAGGAUCGGGCAAUAGAGGCCUCGUUAGAUUUGGGUACGGAUGCUCUACUUGCAGCCACUGGAGGCAGUUCUAGUGUUGUUGGCAUUGCUGUGAGACCAGCCUUAAAAGCUGGUGUGAAAGCAGCUAUACAAUAUUUUAAACAAAAGCCUGUACCCGACCAACUCUCAAGAUAAACCCAUUAACUUUUGUUUCACUUAUGACACUGACAAUGUACUCAAAUGAUUUGGAUGCUGUCACUUGUAAUGCAGUGUGUAACAAUUUUAUCUUACUUCAAAUAAAAAAAAUCUAAAGUUCUGAAA